AUGGCUCUAUUUAUCCCGCUGAAGCAUAUUGCUUUCCCUGCCAUCAUCUUUGCUUACAUUCAGAUAGCAGCUUUUUUCGCGUUUCCAAUAUUCUCGCUUCUGGCAUGGAGUCGACUUGGAUGGCAUUCCGUGCAUUACGGAGGUUGUCUGGCUACAGCAGUAAUGUUUGGUAUUUUCCUUCUCAUCAACUACGACGAGGUAUUCAAAGAGAAAGCUGCAAGGGAAAGCACCUUCAACGCACUCUUCACGUACGAGAGGUGCCGCUCACGCAUAAUCACAUUACGGCUACCCUAUUUAUCAAUUUAUCAAGACAUUCGUGUUUGGUCUACGUUCAUAGCGGCAUUCGGCUAUUUUACGGCUCUCAAUCUCUACCUCACGUUUGGAGCAACAUUCCUAAACAAGGUGGUUUCGCUGCCGAUUGUUUCCACCGGUUUGCUUCUCGCCAUUCCACCUGCUUCAAAUACUGUCAUAAGUUUCGUAACCUAUGGGCUGUUCUCGAAACUUGCGAACACUGAGAUCAACAAAAUGCGGUUUUUCAAUUCACUUGGUACUGUACCAUCGGGUGUACUAUUCGCCAUGAUUGGCCUCUUCAAUCCGGAACUUCAGCCGGCAUCUGUGACGGUAUUAUAUGCAGUACUACUCCUCAUUACUUCGGAUAGCAACCCAUAA